CGACGGGCUGCACAUCGUUUUAAGUUCGCUCGUGUCCUUGAAGUUAUUUAUCUAGGAAGUAUUUGAGUGAGUCCGAUAAGCGAUAUAUCGGUAAAUCAUAACUGGCAGAUAAUACUACGAACUUUUCGCGGAGUUUGCCCGGUGUUUUUCGUUCAUUUGUUUCGUUAAAUAAUAAAAACUGCGAGAUUAUUAAUAACAAGUGAUUUGCGUCGAGUGUGGUGGUUCGAAGAGUCGAAGAACAGCGCCAAGUUUCCUCCCAACUCUCGACACCGAUCUUCCCAGUCCCGUGAGUGUUUCUCUCGUACGUUGGAUCCUGGUAAGCACUGGUGGUGAAUUAAGGCAAGAGAAACUUGGUCUUCUUAGAAGCUGCGGCUACAGACAGGAGAGGUGUCUGCACUCUUGUGGCUUAGUUGUGCGAAUUUGGAAAGGCGAAACAGAGGCGCCAUUCAAGCCAACCAUAUAUACUCCGGCACCUUCUUAGACCCUAACAGUUGUAUCAUCACCGAAGACCACACGGAAAAGGAGCCAGAAGCAGUUGUGAGCCAUCGCAUUCUGCCUGACACCCCCUCCGCUCAUCACUGCACCCGGUUUCUCUUCAUCGUACGUAUUACCAGAUUCUGCGAUAUGAAAAAUUUAACGAGAAUUACGUUGGUCAUCCAACUGUGUCUGUUCGUCCUGCUGUCCCUGAGUCAUACGGCCCUGGCGAAAUCCCGGAGCAAAAAGAAGAUAACGAAGGAUGUAAAAGAAGUGAAUAUAUGCGAUCUCGAGAGGCGAGACAUUCCGAUUUAUUGCUACUGCAUCAACCAUCACAUGAAAAACUCAACGGAUGCUAAUUGCGUCGUAUUCAACAAAUUUGACAUCGACGAUCCGAUCUGGUCGCACUUUGCUUCACAGCCUUCUAUCGACAAACUAACAUUUACGGUUAAGCAUAGCGGUAGUUUUACUUACGUGCCCACGCAGGCGUUGAAACAACUGAAAAAUCUUCAAGUCGUGACUGUUCAGUACGCAAAGAUUCAUGAAAUAGUUGAGCAUGCUUUCUCGAAUAUGUCGAGCAUCGUCGAGAUAAAUCUCAGCAGAAAUAUGAUAUUCGUGUUGAAAAAAUGGGCCUUCGAGAACAUGAAGAAUCUGAGCAUCGUUAAUCUCGAUGAAAAUCGCAUCGCCGAAGUUAACAGAGAUGUAUUCAUAAAUCUUCCGUCACUGAGAAAGCUCUUUCUGAAUCGUAACAACAUAACGAUCCUUCAUGACAAGGCGUUCAAGCAUCUUAACUCACUUCAAGAGUUAGAACUCAGCGGAAAUCAUAUUUCAGUUAUAACGAGUGACAGUUUUAAUGGCCUCUCGGGUCUCACGAGGCUCGAUCUUCGCAGCAAUCUCAUAUCGAUGAUCGGCGACCGAAGCUUUGUCGAAAUGCCAGAGCUUCGAGAGCUUGAGCUCGAUCAGAACCAGAUUGAGUACAUAUCUGAAAAAGCUUUAGACGGUAUGAGAAAUCUACGAAAGCUUCGACUCAGCGAAAACAAAUUGGUGAAUCUUGAGCCCAAUUUCUUGGCUGGAGCGACCAGUGUCUACUUCCUUGAUCUUCGUGAUAAUGCUCUUCGGACCAUGACCUUCGACAACAUCAAACCAAUCGUUACGAAUCUGUACGAUGCCACCAGUUAUUUCUACUUGGACGACAACAAGCUGAUAUGCGAUUGUAAACUGGCUUGGAUAUGGGGCUUGAGAAACGAAACGAAAAAUCUUAAGCUGCGGGAUUCCCUGGAGGUGUUAACCUGCUUCAUGGAGACAAAGAACGCGACCGUCGCUCUGAACGAGGAAGCAGAGAGAAAUCGAGCACUCGAAAUCGCGCGUAAUCAAGAACAAUACGAAUCUGACAAGUCGCGGCUUUCCCAAGACUCAGCCAACUACAUGGACGACGGAGCGGAUUACGAAGAAUACGAUCUCUACGAUUCGCCCAAUCCCGAAACAGGCUCGAGGGUCGAAGUGAUCGAGGGAAAGAUUGGUGUGAUGAAGCAUUUGUUCGAGUUGAAGUUGGAAGAGUUGCCAUGUCCAGAACCGUCAAGGGAGGAUUUGAUGGCAUCGGAGCAGCCAUCGAGUCGUCACGGGCAUGCUCAGUACGGAUCUUCAGGAACGAGGGCCACGUUAUCGUUGACGAAGAUCAGUCUCAUUAUAACUCACUGUGUUCUUAGUUUUGGAUUUCUUCUCAACGAGUUGUUUUUCACGUAGAAAAAUAUGCCACGAAUAGGCCAAGAGUCUCGAUUAGUAUCCCUCUCGUCCCCGGAUUAACGUGAGCAAAAAACGACGUAAAGAAGAAAGAAGACAAAUUUCAACGUAACGAUGAUCUUUCCGCGCUCCAGCGCGACUGAAACGCACAAAUUCAACGACGUGCAAACGUAACCGGAUUUUAAAAAUUGAACAAUAUUCCACGCGAGUCCGCUGAAUUGAAAAUGAAAAACUACAAAAAAGAAAUUAAUAAAACAACAACAACAUCUACUGCGAACAACUAAGAGAAAAACAGAAAUUAAAAAAAAAACGACCUUUUUUUCUCUUUUUUCAUUCAUAAGGAAGAGUUUGAAAAUUUAUCUCGUGUUUACUGUGUCGAUAUAAUAAGAAAAUAAUACAAAGUUGACCGAUCGACAUAUAAUACCUUAAGAUAUGACUAAGAAUAACACAAAAAUUACACGAAUAAAUAUAAACGUUAAGCGUAGACAAAAAAAAUUAACAAAUGUUUCUCGCCACUCGCACAACAAAAACAUGCGUACACACAAUUCAUAUGUAUAUGUAUAUACAUAUAUCUACAUGUAUAGGUUCAUUGUACAUCAAAAACUUUUUCUGCCCUCUUGUCGUAUCUUCCUUUUAUUUCAUAGACUCUUACGUGUAAUACCUGUCAGAGUAAUGAAUAUUAUAAACAUAUAUACAGCUUGUCCCAAAAAUCGCGUCCCAAUUGUUCGUGUAGAAGUGAGAUUACGAAAUUCUGAAAGAAAAAGUUUUUAACUCGACACUUCGACGGUCCACUCUCGAUUCAUUCCUCCGUUCAUUACAAAUACCGAAUUGAUGAAUCAUCGAUGGAACUUCGGAGACAAAGGGUUUUCAAAUUUUUUUUCAGACUGUUGCGAUCUUAGCCUCUGAAAUGUCAGACGCGGAUUUCGAGAUAUUCUGUGAAUUGCGUGAAUUUCGAUCGAUGGAAAAAAUCAUAUACAUAUAUAUAAGCCGCGUUACCUAUCACAUAAGACAAUCCAGAGUUAAGUAAAAUCACGCGAGACUAUUGUGAAUUCAUAUUAAAUUUAAGACGACUGAUCCUGACGAAAAUAUAAUUAAUAUUGACAGAAAUAAUUGUUCGAAUAUAUGUGUCGAAUGAACCGCGGUAAAUUGAAUUCGUGUUUCGAACUCUCUCAAGAAGCAUGAAAAAAAUAAUAUUCGAAACGGAUGAAAAUCUGAAGAAUAAAUUUAAAAAUACGAUAAAUUUUCGAUAUUAGAUAAUAACGAAAAGAAAACAUGUGUCAUUGUAUUAUAAAUACCAAAUAGCACGCACCAUAAUGCCAUAUGUUUUCGAUAUUUUGUAAUGCUUUCUAUACUACCUUUUUUAUUACAACCAACUUCUUCAUUUAUUAUUAUUUUCAUGUGAAACUUUUAUAGUGCCAUUUUAAUGAUUUUUUUGAAGCUUUUUCUAUUAGGAUUAACGAAACUCAUUAUUUAUGUCGUACGAUUAAUGAUUUUGAAAUAUGUAGUGUACAUUAUUGAUAGGAUCAUUGUGUAAUAAGACUUAAUCGUCCAUCGAUCUUUCAAGUGCUUUCGUCUCUCUUUCUCCACAUCUUUUCCUACGAUCACUCAUUCGCGAACAUUUAUUCAUAAAUUCACCAAUUUUCUACUGGAUUUUCUAAUUGAUUGACUAAUUCAUUAAUUGACGAUCACUUUUUUGAUACUUUUCGUAUUUUAUUAUAAGAAAAAAAGUGCUGUUACGACGGAGAUACGUUGUUCGUUAAAUUAUAAGGAAUUUUGUGCUUCUGCGAAAAUAAAGCAAACUCUCAAUUCCAAUAGAAACCACAAUCGUGGCUUUUAGGACGAGGAAUAGAGACGAGGGAAAGGCACAAAAGUACGUUUUUCCUCCGGACGAUAUGUCAUCCUUUUGCGAGGGCGCAUCUCCCGCGUUCCCGAUUCGAGAAAAGCUGCUUUGAAGUCAAAGAUAAAAAGAGCGGAAAAUUCGAAGAAAUUCCUUCGUAACUUAUUACUAAAGUUGAUUAAAAAUUGAAAAAAACGAAGCCGAUGAAAGACUGGAUUUAUCGUUCCAAAGAAACAAACACGGAGCUACGUAAACCAAUGCGAUUAUUUAUACCCAUACGAUUUAAUUAAUUACGAUGCCAUUGUAAUAUUUUGUCAUUAUUAUGGUUAAGUAUAAAAAGCGCUAGUAAACUCAAUCGUCUUAACUCUGAUAUGUAUCAUAUAUGUUCGUUUUUUAAGAAAUUAGCCUCUACAAUGCGAUGAUAAUUGAUAAAUAAAUUGAUGGAAGGUUCUACUCAAA